AUGAAGUCUUGUCCAAGACAAUCUUCAUCUGAUAGAUAUCCACCAGCGAUGUCACAACCGCAAUCCUCAUCUGGCCGACCACCACCUCAAUCGCCGAUUAUCUACCCGCAGGGUGGUCCUGCAGGUUGUCCUCAACCACCUCAGGUCCAACAAGCGCCUCCACCCCAGGUCGCAGCCCAGCAACGUUCUCUCUACGCUCAGGCUGCCAAUCAGCCAAUGACUGUCCCAUCACCUCAACAACCAGUACCACCGCAAACGCCGCAAACUCCUCAGCAACCCCCUCCUGGCAUACCCCUCUCACAACCUCAACAAUACCCUCCUCCACCUGCAUACUACCAACAAAAAUCUCAACCCCUACCAGGAUAUCCGUCAUCACAACCGCCAAUGUAUCGUCAACAGGGACCACAAUCAGUACCUGUUCGAGCAUACUUGAGCAAUCAACCGUCACCAAUGAAUUCAUCACCGGCAUAUGCAAGUAAGUGA